AUGCUUUCAUGUGAAUCGACCCGUCUGUUCGUUAUGUCUAACCCUCAACAAAUUCUUUCCGACGAUCAGUUGAUCGUACAGGCCACCACGGCUGUCGAAAAGGCCCAAAUUCCUCAAGAACUCGUUUGGAAGAAGAUUAAGCCUGAAACUGGAUUUUGGAUUUCCUGUCAACUCGGCAACGAUGAAAUGUUGGCCCAGCGCGAUGCACGGUAG